CAUCACGAGGUGGAGCUUGAUUUAAUUUAAAUGACUGCUUAACCUUUAUUUUCCUUUUCUUUUUUUCUUAAGAUCUCCAAUCUGCAUCUCCUUCCUCCUCAGUCCUCCCGCAUUCUCCUCCUCUUGAGACCCUAACAACAAAAGCAGCGUAUUGUAGUUGUAGUUGUAUCCAUAGUCGUCGUCGCCUCUGCCGAUCACCUCCCCUUCUCGGCUGCUUCUAUUCUCGAGAUGGGUUUCAUCAUGGAGUUUGCGGAGAACUUGGUUUUGAGGUUGAUGGAAGAUCCAAAAGAAAGGGAUAGAAAAUUCAGGGAUCACCUGUAUUCAUUACAAGAUCGAUGCAAGAAAACCAAGGAAAUGUGGAGCUUGCCCUUGAGGCCAUAUGGGUUUUGGACCUUUGAACGUCAUAACUCUCAGCUAGCUUGGGAUGCUCAGAUUACCAAUGUAACUGGUCGUAGGGAUCCUUAUGACGAGGUCCUUGAAGGGUCUUCUAAAUAAAUAUCCAGGGAAGUGUAUGCAUGCUGAGAUUCAUAUGUGUGAAGUCUCCAUCUCAACUGCAGGGAGCAUGUAGUUGCAAGGAUUGUGUUUGUGUUUUGUUAUUUCUUUGUUGAAACUAAAUAGAUUUCCCAGAGACAACAAAGUUCUCAUCAUUCACAACUCUAUAACAUCUUUUCUUAAUGUUUUGUGUAUUAGACUGUUGAAUAAAGAGUAGCACAUUAUCAGAUUGAUGAUUUACUUAUUCUGAUACUACUCAUUUCUCUUGUUGAUUCCUGAAAUUCUUUUUGAGUGGAUGCUGGUGAUAUGGUCUUAUGCGCGCA